AUGUCAGCAUUCGGCGACACCACGCACUUGCGCGUGCGCUGUGAGCCGGAGAUGCCACCCCAUACCAACUACGCUGUAUUCCCGAGUGGCUGUUACGCUGACAGUGGCGAGCCGGCCGUGCCGCAUCGUAACGAGCCAUUCCCGUACCCAAUGCAGCAACGUUGUCCAUCGUAA